CACUCCAGUCCGCCUCACUGAGACUCUUGUCAGGCAGCGGCCCUGGUCCGAGUCCGCCCCAGGACGCCAGGGCUCUCGGGCGUUAGGAGCCGAGUACACUGCGGGCGCUGACUCCGCGGCUAGACCAGAGACGCGUGGGCUGGGGACGGCCAGAAGGUCAUUCAUUCAGCAGUUCCGGGGAGACCCAGGAAGCCCACGGCCUGGCUCGGGCACCGUCACUGCCGCCAGGCCACCAUGGUCCUCGGCUGGCUGCUGCUUCUGGUGACAGCUCUGCCACCCGGCACGACAGCCGCCAAGGACUGCCUCUUCUGUGAGCUGACCGACUCCAAGCACUGCCCCGGUUCCCACAUGCACUGUGGCGACGACGAGAACUGCUUCACAGGCCACGGGGUGUCCCCCGGCGCGGGGACCGUCAUCAACAAAGGCUGUGUGCACGCCACCAGCUGCGGCCGCGAGGAGCCCGUCAGCUACAAGGGCGUCACCUACAGCCUCAUCACCACCUGCUGCUUCGGCCACAUGUGCAACGAUGCCCCCAGUCCCACGGGCACCUGGGUGCUGGCAGCCACCUCCAGCCUGGUGCUGGGCUUGCUGGUGCCCUGGCAUCUGCUGUGACCAGCAGAGAGAGCAGGCCUGGGACUGGCCUCCCAGCGCCACCACUUCUUGCACCCCUCCCCCGGCCCCCAUUAAACGGCCAGAGGCCCUGA